UUCAACACAUUGUCAAUUUGCCGCAUUUUAAUUCAUAUUAGGUACUUCCCUCCGUACCCCAUUUUUUGUCAUAGCCAUACAAACUCUUAUAGUCGAUCCCGACUUAUUUGAUACUAAGAAAAAAAAUAUUAUUUUAUUUAUUAUGAUUCGUAUGAUGAACUCUGCACAAAUGUGCAAACAAGUAAGAUGGCGAAAUUUGCUACAAUUGCAAAAUUUUCUUCGAAAGGACAAGAUUGUGGUGGUCAUGGGAGUCACCGGUGCCGGAAAAUCAAAACUCUCUAUAGACUUAGCCACUCAAUUCAAUGGAGAAAUAAUUAAUUCCGAUAAAAUUCAAGUGUACAAAGGUCUUGAUAUCGCGACUAACAAAAUAACAGAAGAAGAACGUUGCGGUGUACCACAUCAUUGCCUAGGGGUAAUUGAUCCUUACAAAGAAUUCACCACAAAAAACUUUUGCAACAUGGCUUCAUUUACCGUUGACUCUAUAACCAACCGCGGUAAACUUCCUAUCAUCGUUGGAGGGUCAAAUUCAUUCAUCGAGGCAUUUGUCCACAACAAUAAUUCAUAUAAUUUUAGUACAAGGUACGAUUUUUGUUUCCUAUGGGUCGAUGCAUCAAUGGACGUGCUAAAUUCGUUCUUAUACGAACGAGUUGAUAAAAUGGUGGAUCAAGGAAUGGUAGAUGAGGUAAGACAAAUGUUCAAUCCAAAAAACAUGGAUUAUACCAAAGGCAUUCGUAAAGCCAUUGGUGUCCCAGAAUUUGACAGUUACUUUCGUGCUGAACUGUCAAAUUCCGUGGACAGGCAAACUCGUGAGAGGAUGCUAAAGGAAGCAAUUACUGAAGUAAAGAUCAAUAAUUGUAUACUAGCAAGUAAACAAUUUGACAAAAUUUACCGAUUAAUUAACGUUAAAGGAUGGAAAAUACAUCGAUUAGAUGCAACUGAAGUUUUCAAAAAACAGAGGAUAGCAGAGGAAAAAGAGGCAGAGGAAAUAUGGAAGAAUAUGGUGAUGGGACAGAGCAGAAAGAUAGUGCAUAAAUUUUUAUACGAAAAUUAUAGGAAUUCAAUGGUUUAUAAAAGUGAUGGGACAGACAUUAUGGCAGCAGCAUCUCAGUAUUAAAAAGCGAAAAAAAAAAAUAGUUAAUUGUAAAAAACACAUCUUAACUAUAACUUUUUCAC